CGGAGAAGCCUUUCAAAGUCCAGUCCUUGGAUUGUGAACACUGUUCGGAUAAGAGUUUUUCUGCUGUAAAAAAGUUGCAGAGAGUUCGAGAAAAACCCGAUCAAGUUUAACGCGCUGGAUUCGCUGGGAAUUAUUUUUACCUUCUGUAACACCUCAGAUAAGAUUGUUUGCAGACGGAAUUGGACGUGGCGUUGAUUCCAGCACGGAUCAAUUAGGGCUUUUCUCCGGGAAAUCAUGCAUCGAUAUGUUUGGAAUAAAGAUUUAUGACGACUUAUUUGUUGUUUUUCUCCAAUUAUGAUAACACUUAUGAAUGGAUUUUAUUCAGAUGUUCGAAAUGGAAAACUAUAUUUGAUGCUUUCUUAAGCACUGAUGUUUUCUUAUCAAUGUCUUCACACCAAAUAUUGGUGUGAGUUAGAUUUCUAAUCAAGAGAUAAAAAGGGGCGAAAACAGCAAACAAUACAAAAACACAUACGAACGUAAGCGUUUUAGCAACAAUUUACUUAAUUACCAAAGAAGUUAUGAAAGAAAUUAAAAACGCUGUUUCUCAUUUACAAUGAUUGUUUACAUUGAGCGAUGAACUCAAGGAAGUCUACUUUGCCAAACUACGCAUCAAUAAAUGGGAAAAAAUGUAGAGAAUAUAAAUAAAUGAAUAUCUUUAAUGGCCGAGAUCUACUAGAUAUUUCACCCUUCUCAUCAGAAAUACAUAUAGAUAUUCUCUCCCUUCUUUAUCGCGGGGUUGCGCACUCGCGACAUUGUCUCAUAGCCAUUAAAAAGUGAACCCUCUUUUCUCUGUGCUUCGCCACGACAACUUCUCUCCAGCAACUGCUAAUUAGUCUCCUCGGCGAUGAGUGCGCUUCAAAGCACACGGCAGAAUCUCCUUUUAUUGCGCUGAUUGCGCCCAUGACGUGAGUUGCGAGGCUUCAUCUCCACCUGCGACGGAUUGAUUUAUUUUGCAUAGCGCAGCUGAAGAGCGAAGAAAGGCAACGCAACUAAUAUAUCUUGCAUAAUGCCAUCUUCCGCUCGAUUUUCGUUUCUCCCACAUUAGCACCCAUUCACUGUAGUUUGUGUCUCUGCUAAAUUAAUUGUGGUACUUAUUUACAUAUACAUCGACGCGUGACAAUUUAAAUUUCAGCGGCCGCGCGCCGAACAUCGCCAACGACACGAAGUCGCCACAAGUGCGGGCGCUCUUGUUGCGUUGCGGAAAAGAGUGUGGAUUUGAGCAAAAACAAUUGCUCACAUGCCAACGAGGGUGGUUUAAAAUUGAUGAAGAAUUGCCACAAAUGAAGGGGUGAAUCGGAUUUGCGCCGGCGAGCGUACGAGAAGCACGACGGAAAAGGUAAACAAACUGUUUUCUAUGGAGACGACCACCUGUUGCGCGGCUGUCCAUGUCCUUUCAGAAAAGAUAAAUUUUGCUGACCUUUCUCUAUCACCUCUUCCCACCCUCCGGGGGACGUGGCUUUGUGUGCGGCGGUCUCUUUGUGGGUCACGCAGGCCAUUUCGGCCAGUCUGGCGACAUCUUGCGCGCGAAAGGACCCAACAUGUCCGAAUUGCGCGACUGCGCUGUCCUUCGACGGCACGUCGUGUCGCAGCAAGGCGCCGCCAGGGGGCCAGGGAGGACGAGAGCGCGCGCAUUCACCAGCGCUGGAGUUGGUGGUGAGUUGCGGAAAAUCCACCCCAACCAGUGAGAGGGACAAGUUAAUUUGUUCUCUGUCCCUUUUUAAAUAUAGAUAUUGAUUCCGAAGCUGGAGCCCGACAUGGGCACGAGUGGCUCCACCGCACACAAUCGCAAAUCGGGAACCCUCUUCUUUUGCGAUACUGUUUAGGGCGGUUCCGCAGACCAGACUUGUAGCCGUACAGAAAAUCGCAAAUAUCACACAGCUCAGGAGACAGCUCAUCUCCUCAUCUCUCAACCGCGCCCGCAGAGCUUCGACUUGGUUCUGAAUUUUGGGACUCGCUGAGCGAAUUGAAGUGAAAGAAAUGCAGUGAUUUCGUUGUGAAAAACAUGAACCGUAAACACUAAAAUCUAAAUGGUAUUCAUUUGAGUGACGCAAAGUUAGGACAUAAAAUCAAAAUAUAGUAACUUGUUGAAGUCUAGCGAAAUUGGGUGAAAAAAAAACAAGUGAUUGGCAAAUUUUUUUUAUGCACACGUCAGAAUAAAAGAAUCCAAAAAAUAGUGACUGAAAAAAAGCACAGAAAAGCUUCAAUUGCUUUAGGAUAAAUUUUUGACGAGAAUGGCUGGCAUUAACGUUCAGCUGGCCGUUUGCGUGUCAUGGCGGCAAAUGGCAACCCCUCGAUGAUCUCCCCUUCGUCUUCCAUUUCAAACGGCCCAGAGCCUCAAUUGCCGCCAUUACCGCCUCCCCUUCGUUCGGCACAAGUAUUGCAACCGUUGUCAGUAUUUCCAGUGUCAGCUGUGAGUGAGGAAGCAGCGUAUGAUUAUGUUUUUGGUGGGCCGCCCGUGGAUAGACCGGCCCUGUCAUCAUCACUCAAGCUGACCUCACCCCCCGCUCGGCUGCGAUCAGACGAUCACAAAAGUGGCCUAGAAGAUGAACGUCCAUAUCGUCGAUCUUUUGGACAUGCUCCGAAGCGUUCAAGAAACCUAGUUGGAUUAUAUUCGGCCGUAAAGGGACAUGGGGAGGACGAAGCCACUCUUCGACAAUUGCUUAUUGAUCCUACGGAAGAAACAAUGGAAGGUCUAAUUUGCAGUUUGCAAAAGCAAGUUAGCGUGAUGAGUAUGAAUUUAUCGGCAAAACUGGAUGAGCUGCAACGUGGUGAUCGUCACAUGGAGACAACUGUUGCCCUGUGCGAGAUUCGAUCUCAGCUGCAGGAGCUCACGAAGUCCGUGGAGAGUUGUCAGAGUGAGGUUUCUGAAGUUAAACGUGAUAUGGUAGCAAUAAAGCAUGAACUGGAUACAGUUCAACAGGUCAAGGAGGAGAUCGAGGAGCUGCGAGAGUAUGUGGACCGUCUUGAGGAGCAUACGCACAGGAGGAAGUUGCGAUUGCUGGAGCAAGGGUUAACAUUUUUCCUGACAUACGCAAUAUUUGCGGCUGUGCUCGGGAUGCUUCAAUUUGGCUACAACACGGGAGUCAUAAAUGCGCCGGAAGUCAAUAUCGAGAACUUCAUGAAGGAUGUAUACAAGGAUCGGUAUGGCGAGGACAUUACUGAGGAGUUUAUUCAACAAUUAUAUUCAGUGGCUGUGUCAAUAUUUGCCAUUGGGGGCAUGCUCGGGGGCUUCAGUGGCGGCUGGAUGGCGAAUCGCUUCGGAAGAAAGGGUGGCCUCCUACUCAACAAUAUACUCGGCAUUUCGGGAGCAUGUCUGAUGGGCUUCACGAAGAUGAGUCACUCAUACGAAAUGCUGUUUCUCGGAAGAUUCAUAAUUGGCGUCAAUUGUGGUUUAAAUACAUCUCUCGUUCCAAUGUACAUCUCUGAAAUCGCUCCGUUGAAUUUACGAGGUGGCUUGGGUACUGUUAAUCAGUUGGCUGUGACAGUAGGUUUAUUAUUGUCCCAAGUGUUGGGCAUCGAGCAAAUACUGGGUACCAAUGAUGGAUGGCCAGUGCUUCUGGGCCUGGCCAUUUGUCCGGCUGUUCUGCAACUUCUGCUGCUGCCCGUGUGUCCGGAGUCUCCGCGAUAUUUGCUGAUCACGAAGCAGUGGGAGGAAGAGGCGCGCAAAGCUCUAAGACGCCUCAGAGCAUCCAAUCAAGUGGAGGAAGACAUCGAAGAGAUGCGAGCUGAGGAGCGUGCUCAACAGGCGGAAAGUCACAUCUCCACAAUGGAACUGAUCUGUUCACCGACCCUUCGGGCGCCGCUCAUUAUUGGAAUUGUUAUGCAGCUUAGUCAACAGCUGAGCGGAAUUAAUGCCGUUUUCUACUACUCCACAUCCCUGUUCAUGAGUUCUGGCCUCACGGAAGAGAGCGCCAAGUUCGCCACCAUCGGGAUUGGUGCUAUUAUGGUUGUCAUGACGCUCGUCUCCAUUCCACUCAUGGACCGAACUGGGCGACGAACAUUGCACUUGUAUGGACUCGGUGGAAUGUUCAUCUUCUCCAUUUUCAUCACAAUCUCAUUUCUGAUUAAGGAGUUUUUUGGCUAUGUGCAGGAAAUGAUCGACUGGAUGUCCUACCUGUCGGUUGUAUCAACCUUAGCCUUCGUGGUGUUCUUCGCCGUGGGGCCGGGCUCCAUUCCCUGGAUGAUCACGGCCGAGCUGUUCUCGCAGGGGCCGCGCCCCAGCGCCAUGGCCAUAGCAGUAUUAGUCAAUUGGAUGGCGAAUUUCGUGGUUGGAAUUGGAUUCCCCAGCUUAAAGACUGCUCUGGAGAAUUACACCUUUUUACCAUUUAGUGUGUUCCUAGCUAUUUUCUGGAUAUUCACGUACAAGAAGGUUCCUGAGACGAAGAACAAGACAUUCGAGGAGAUUCUGGCUCUCUUCAGACACGGCAACGGAAGAGGAACUUUGCGUGGUACAAAGUUGUAUGGGAGUAUGCUAAACUGCGUAAAUAGUUUGGAGCCACAGAGCAUGAAUUCUGGCAUCGAGCACGCAGCGCUGAUGAUAUCCGAGGAAAAGACUCAACAUGACUCACUGUUUGGCACAAGCCUGGAGCCCUCAGCGAUGGCUCUUAUGACGGACGGUGAGAUUCCACUGACGGACAGCACGAAUUUGUUGGGGCCGUCGAGUCUCGUAGGUAUUGCGCCAUAUCGGGUCAGUUAUGGGACCAAUUCACCAAUGCCAAACAGGAGGGAAACGCCCAAGAGCGUGGCACCGCGGGACAGUUUCCGGAGACAUUCUGCCCACGGAAGAAUCUGCUCACAAGCCGCUUCAGAGCGCUGUUCCGAAGGCGCGAGAAAUGUCCAGCAGGGGCGGAACGCUGUCUCUGCGCCCCAUCACCUUCGACAGGGAGCAGUUGCGUGCCCGAACAGCGGACUCUGACUGAGGAGCGUCUCCCCGCCUAGCGGCAGCAGUAGUAACGGCGCCGAGGCUCCCGCGGCGGCUGAGGAGAGCACGGCCACGCCGCCCACCAUGAGCGCCCGCGACGACGACGCGGACGCCGUCAGCCUCACGCCCAGCACCACCUCACGCCGCGGCACAUGCCGCCGCCACCCGCACCACCAGCACCACGGCCACAUGCACCACUACCGCCACCGCCGCACGCCGUCCACCUCGUCCACGGCUAGCUGCCGACGCUCACACAGCCCGGCCGCCAUGUCGCCACCGCGCGUCGUCGUGGAGCGCUGCUGCAGCGCCUUGGACGACGAGGUGGAGCGCUACUUCUACGUGCAGAACCGCCGCUCGAGCGGCGGCGCCGCCAUCGUGUAUGGCUCGCACGGCUCGCUCAGCCGCCUGUCGCGCUGCAACUCCAUGCGUCGUCGGCGGAGCCACACAUCCAUCGUGGCUCCGUCCGCGGAGGUGCAGCGCACGCCCGUGCCGCCGCGCUCCUUUCGCGCCAUCAGCCCCAAACCUGUGUCUGACGGCGGCGCGCGCCUCCUGCUCACGC